AUGUCCAACUAUGAUAAACAUUUUGGGCCAGAACCCGAGUCAGUUGCUUUGAUGGAGGCAUUGGCUAGAGAAGACAUUGAUGAAGCUGUAUACGCGAUAUUAUUUAGAGAAAAUUAUGUUGCGAAGCAAAGAGUCAUUUUCUCGCAGGUUACGGUCCCACCGUUCUGUGAUCCUCUGUUUAGAAGACAGCAAGAGUUGGAUGAAGAGCGGAGGGCUGUUUUUCAGUACAAGACAGGAAAACGAUGUACCUUAAAAGAAUUUAAAGAACUAGAGAAGGCCAGGCAGUAUGCCAGAUUGCCCCAGCUGACUUUCAAUCUCCACAGAGUGGUUCCAAAAGAGCAGCCCAAAGCUUCUGCAAGGCCUGUGGGAAGCAAAACUCGUAGCAAAUGCAGUCCUGAAAAACUUGUCUGUGCAGAAGAAAAAUAUCCGCCUGAUAAAGAGAAAACGACUAGUGACCUAAGUCAGACUGUUUUUGAAAGGCAGUUUUAUUCCUCAAAGCUUGGCCAGGAGAGUAAAAAGCAUGAAAAGAAGAGUCUGUGCACAAGUGGACACUAUUCCCGUAAUCAUCAGGCUGUUCCCACGCUGAGGCUGCAGCAUUUCUUCCCAGUCCUUCACCUCCUGAGUGGCUGUGACCCAGCGGAGGUCACGUGGUGUGGAAUGGUUACAACGUCACCCAAACCACCCACAGUGGACACAUUCAACCAAGUGGUAACGUCUGGUGGUCUGAUGCCUCAUUUCCACAUAAUACUUUUUAUAGCCCUGAAAAUGGAAAUCCUGGCAUCUAAACACAGCCGAACAUGUUAACACUAAUACAAGGCACUGUGCUAUGGGGUU